GUACGCCUCUAUGCCCUGCUGUGUUUAAAAAAAUCUAAUCCGAGCUCGGCAGGUGGGAUUCGGCACCCCCAACAUGAGCUUGUAGAAUAGCUAACGCUCACCACCACGGCUAUUUGGGCCCCUUUUAAAAACAAAGUUGCGAUUAUGGGAAAUCCCCCAAGAAGCACCACUAACGUUUCGGUCAAAUAUAAUCUCAUCUCAGUUCGCAAGUGAUCGUUGGACGGGAAGGCGAUCGGAAGAAUAAGCACUUCAAUCGCUGAGAGACAAAAAAAAAAUGGGAGCGACAGUCACUAUAACUCUGGGAGUUGCACUGAUAACGCAAUGCUUUUUGUCCAUUACGUGCCAAGAUUUGUCAUCAGAGGAAGAUAAUCUGGCGAAUCGUUUGAAGCAAUAUAAGGCAUGCUCCACAGGUUAUUGUAUCCCUAAAAAUCAGUGCGUAGAUGGCAUCAUUAACACAGAUGGCGAGAACCUUCUUGAGAUUAGAAUCAAUGAUUAUGAUGACAUGAUACCAAUUGACAUUGAACAACAGGAAGAUACGUGCGAAUUUUUAACCACCUGUUGCGCCAUGAAGAGCGGCCUCCGAAGCGGUCCAACGGAACCAGACUCGUUCACGACCGAUCAACCUCCACCUCUUCCGACCAGAUGUGGAACGAAUCACCCCUAUGGGUACGUCUACCGGGUCAACAACAGUGCUGUGGCGCAGUUUGGCGAAUUUCCUUGGAUGGUUGCGCUUUUGCGCCGUUCCACGCUUUUGGAAGAAGAAAAGCUCCAAUACUUCUGCGGUGGUUCCCUGAUACACCCGAAAGUAGUCCUAACGGCUGCUCACUGCGUGCAACAGUUCGCCAAUGUUCUGGACACGCUUACAGUACGAUUAGGUGAAUGGGAUACGGUUACCGAGCGUGAACCGAUUAUACACCAACAAUAUGGAGUUCAGAAGAUGAUUGUCCACGAACACUACGUGGAUAAGAAGUUUCACAACGAUCUGGCAUUACUGAUCAUGGAGGAAUCCGCCGAGUUGAACGUGAACGUCAAUACAAUCUGUCUGCCCUUGGAGACCGACAGAUUCGAUGAUCAGCGCUGUUUGGUGUCCGGUUGGGGCAGGGACAAUUUCGACCCUGAAGGGAAAUUUGCCGAGGUGUUGAAAAGAGUGGAACUACCCGUUCUACCCAGGAGACGUUGUGAGUCCAUGUUGCGGGCUACCAAGUUGGGACAGAUUUUCCAGCUGCAUAGUAGCUUCAUUUGCGCCGGAGGUGAACUGGGCGUUGACGCCUGCAAGGGCGACGGAGGUUCUCCGUUGGCGUGCAAAUCGGGCGAUCAAUACAUUCAGGCGGGAAUCGUUGCGUGGGGAAUUGGAUGCGGAAAGAAGGAUGUACCUGCCGGGUAUGUGAAGGUUUCGAACUUUGUCGACUGGAUUGGGGAGAAACUGCAGAAAGAGGGAAUUCAGAUUAGCGAUUGAGAUGUUGAUGUUUUGGACACAUAGAUUUGUAUAGGUAGGAAAUACAUAUGUUAUGAAUAAUUAAUUAUAAUAUCAUUGAUUUGAAAAAACAUAAACCUUAAUAUCCCAAAAAAGGUGUCUUCAAAACUUUGAUACAGUACAGGCUAAGGGUAGAACGUGUCAUAAACAGUAAAAAGCAAUUUAUUAAUAUGCUUAGAUUUGAAAGAAAUAUAGGAGGUAAUAACACAAUUGA